GUCAUUACAAACACGACAAACAUGCUAAAUUGUUAAUUGUCAAUCAAACGGCCCCUUGUAAAAUAAAAUCAAACAAAAUAAACGUGUAAACAAGUACUAAAAACAACAUAAUGUCCCUGCUCGACUCCCCGAUCCCGCUGUCGGAUAUAGAAGAUGUGCUUGCGUGGGUGGACACCUUUAAACUGUCUCGACCUACUAAAAAGAUUAACAGGGAUUUUUCUGAUGCUGUUCUUCUGGCUGAAAUACUAAGCGUCCAUUACCCGAAGCUGGUGGAAAUGCACAACUACCCACCGCGUAACAGCCACUCCCUGAAGCUGAACAACUGGAUGACCCUCAACAGGAAGGUGCUGAAGAAGCUCCGGUUAAACCUGUGCUGCAACACCAUGGAACAGCUAGCUAAUUGUACGCUUGGAGUCAUCGAGCGAGUACUUCUUAUGGUACGCGAUAAGAUCCGUCGUGACGAAGAGGUGAACAAAAGUUUGAAAGACGCAGAACAAAACAUGUCCAGCGGCGGUAGUUACUACGAUGUCUGUGGAGAUGACGAAAACGUGCUAGUAGUACCUGUGAAGACAAGAGUGAAUGGAGUACUGGAAACCAUGCAAAAGAAAGUGGUCAGCUACGAACAUUAUCUCGGUAUCAAAGAACAACUGAAAGACGCUAAAGACUCUGCAGAGAUGCUUAAACAAAAGGUUGAACAUUUAGACAGCCUAAUCAAGUUAAAAGAGGAAAGGAUAGAAGAGCUUCAGAAGCAACUUGACAGGAAACAGGCAAGACGUAGAGAAGUCGAAGCUAAUCAGAAUAGUAUAUCUGUGCCUUUUGAGCCUGAACCACCAACACCCGAAGCCAUCGAUUUAGUUCAUGUACCAAGUAGACCUUUGUCUGUUAAAUCUGUCGAAUCUAAUCCAAGGAUAGGAAAAGAUGAAUCCAAAAUUCCUGUACCGGUACAAGAUUUAAUUAAAUCAGUAUCAAGACCUAGUAUUACCGAAGUUGCAUCAAAAGAUCUUCAGGAUAUUAAUGUAGAUAGAAUAAAGUCUGAUGUGUUUAAGGAAGUCGAGAUAAUCGACCAAAGGGUUUUGGAAGGUUUCCAUGAUAGCCUUGAAUUUAUUAAUGAACCUACUACAAUUGCUGUGUUCGAUGAAAAACAAAAUAAUUUAAAGGAGAUAGAUUAUUCAUAUGAAAUAAAUUAUUUAAAUUAGUUUUUUCGGAAUCAUGAGAAUUUUCUGCUGCCGAAGUAAUUUCAUAGGUGGGUAUUUAACUACGUACUUUCAACUUUUAUCAAGGAUGUUUUGAAAUUUCCAUCAAUUUUAGAAAUUGUGACAAAAAAUCGCAUUUAUCACUUGUUUGUCGUCACUGUUUAACCGCAAAAGUAGUUUUUUCUACAGAUUUUGUCUAAUCUAGGAU